UUUUCUUUUAACAAUUCAAACAUCGUAGAUUCUGAAUCAUCUUAGUGUAUUGUAGGUUAACACUCCUCUGCUAAGAUAUACAUGAUAUGAGUAAUCAAAUGUUUUGAUCACCUGACACAUAAUAAAUGCUAUGUAAGUUUUAGCUAUUUUGUUUUUCAGUUUUAGCUGUUAUUGGGGAAGCUGAAAGGGAAUGUAGCUCAGCUUCUAAAAGAGUUAAUGUAGUACAUUACCAAGCUUUCAGAUUAGCUUUAUACAUAAGUGAAUAUCAUUUCUUAAUGAGUAUUUUUUGUAAAGCCUAAAAUGUGUCCUGCAGUAAAUAGAGAAAUAACAACCACCAAAGGUCUUCCUGGUUUCAGGCCUUGCUGGUGCAUUUAUUUCCACUCUAUAGCCAGAAUGAUUUUUCUGAUGGGCAAAUUUGAUUCUGUCACUUUUCAAUUUAAAACUUUUCAAUUCAUUCCCGUUGGUCUUGGGAUUCAUUCAUUUGUAUUUACCAAGAGGCAAACACUGUUCUGGGUGCUGGAGGUAAGAGUAGUGAGUAUUAAAUAUGUAUGUGUUAUACACACACACACACACACAAACCAUACAACAUAGAACCUUGUAAAUGGAAUGGUAUGGAGCUGGUCUUCAUGUAAUGCAGAGUUAUUUCUGAGUUUAUGAAACCUUGGCAUGAGUGCUGGCAAAGUGUAGAAAUUCCGAAGGCCUUGCUUAUGAUAGUGUCUAAUAAACAAUAACCGUUUGUGCCUACCUUGGUCCCUCACGUCCUCUUAAGAAGUUCACUUUUUCCUUAUGUGGAUUUCCUUUGUUGUUGUUGUUGUUGUUGCUGUUGCUGUCAUCUAAUCAACAGUAGAUCUUGUAAGUUUGCUCUGUGGAAAUACUGGUUUCCAGUUGAGGCUGUCUUUGGGCUGCUUACCCCAGCCUUAAGUGCCAUCUUGAAAUGUAAUGUGUGAUAUUUCUUUACUCAUUGGUCCUAGACGCUAUGAAUAUUCCUGAUAAGGUAGCUUUUUUUCCUCCAACCUUUUUUUUUUUUUUUAAACUACAGAUUUACAGUAACACAUUUCAUUUAUUAAAUGAGACACACUUGUUUCUCAUGGGUAAUUUGUUACUAGAGGGUGCUAUAAAUUGCACUAGGCAACUUAAAGACAUUGCUACUUUUUGAUGACAUGAUAGAGAGAAAAAUACUUUAGUUGAGUCAUGUAAAAGACUGUUUUAAAAAGUAUGAGGACUUAGUCAUCAUUUGUCAUUUUAUUCUUUUAAGUGUUUGGAAAGUAUCCGUAUUAAAAUAAUACCUUUAAAAGCAUGUAUUCAUUAAAUUGUCAAAAUUGUCAUUCAAAAAAUUUAUAAUUUUGCAUUUGUGUAUGUGUAUAUCCACUAUACCUUAUGCUUCAGUGUAAGCCUACAAUAUUUAUGUAAGUCUUAGAGGUUAAAUGUUUGUGAUGUUUUAUGCCAUAGUAAGAAGAUGAUUCCAUAUGAAGUGUCAAUUGACAUUGUCUCUCUGGUAUAAAUACAAUUUUAUUUAUUAUCGAUACUGCGUUAGGUCAUGUUAGUUAGAAGCAGAGCCCAGGACAUGGAUUUGGGCAUAUGUGAUUUACUGCAGGAGCGCUCUCAGGAGAACAAGAGUGAGGGAAGGAGGGUGGUCAGGGGAGGAGCCUAAACAAGCUUGUGGUCUAAGCAGUGGUCUGGAUUCAGCCUGGACUCAUGGGAAGUUUUGGAGCAAGAGCAAAGAGGCAGGCCUUUUAUACCUGUGUUAGUCAUUGGCUGCAGGCUGCUUGAGUGAGGGUGGAGUAGAGAAUGAUGGCAUAUAACCUUCCGGGUGUGGCGGUCCCUGUCCAUUGGAAGUCUUUCUCCAGCAGCCAGCACUCACAGCAGCUGGACAAUAGGUGCCCUGGCCUAUAAAGGGGAUCUGGCAGACACCAUCAGCACCCACCACAGAUGGUCAUUAACUCCAGCAGUGAAGACAUCACUAUUUCGUUAGGAAAACAGCUUGUCUUCUGAGAUAUAAAUAGAGAAUUAUUUAUGAAUAUGCUUCUUAGUCUUCUUUUGAUUCGUGUUUUAUCAUAUUUCUUUUUUAGUAAGAUGCUGUGGUAAUCAUGUUUACCAGAUUGAAAUAAGCACACCGGGAGGCAUAGCUAGUAUGGUUGAUGACCAAGUCACCAUUUCACAAGAUUUCCAAUAAUCUGGAAAGAUGAAUUUUCACAGUGAUUAAUGUGAUUCUUCAGUUAGUAGAAAUUCUCUCGUAUGACACGCUUAUGGAAAAGUAUUUCUAGUUCGUAAAAUAAGCGGUCAUGAUACUGGAAAGCUGUAUGCCAUGAAAGUUUUGAAAAAGGCAACAAUAGUUCAAAAGGCCAAAACCACAGAGCAUACAAGGACAGAACGACAAGUCCUGGAGCACAUUAGGCAGUCGCCGUUUUUGGUGACAUUACAUUAUGCUUUCCAGACAGAAACCAAACUUCAUCUCAUUUUAGAUUAUAUAAAUGGUGGAGAACUUUUUACUCAUCUUUCUCAAAGAGAGCGUUUCACAGAGCACGAGGUGCAGAUUUAUGUUGGAGAGAUUGUGCUUGCCCUCGAACAUCUCCACAAGUUGGGGAUUAUAUAUCGUGACAUUAAGCUUGAGAAUAUUCUACUUGAUUCUAAUGGCCAUGUAGUGCUGACAGAUUUUGGUCUGAGUAAGGAGUUUGUGGCUGAUGAAACUGAAAGAGCAUAUUCCUUUUGUGGAACUAUUGAAUACAUGGCACCAGAUAUUGUCAGAGGGGGAGAUUCAGGACAUGACAAGGCAGUUGAUUGGUGGAGUUUAGGUGUUCUAAUGUAUGAAUUACUAACUGGAGCAUCUCCUUUCACUGUUGAUGGAGAAAAAAAUUCCCAAGCUGAGAUAUCUAGGAGAAUAUUAAAAAGUGAGCCUCCAUAUCCCCAAGAAAUGAGUGCUUUAGCUAAAGACCUAAUUCAGCGUCUUCUGAUGAAAGAUCCCAAGAAGAGAUUGGGAUGUGGUCCACGUGAUGCAGAUGAAAUCAAAGAACAUCUCUUCUUUCAGAAAAUAAAUUGGGAUGAUUUAGCCGCCAAAAAAGUGCCUGCACCAUUUAAGCCGGUCAUUCGAGAUGAAUUAGACGUGAGUAACUUUGCAGAAGAGUUCACAGAAAUGGAUCCCACUUAUUCUCCUGCAGCCCUGCCCCAGAGCUCUGAGAAGCUGUUUCAGGGCUAUUCCUUUGUUGCUCCUUCCAUCCUAUUCAAGCGUAAUGCAGCUGUCAUAGACCCUCUUCAGUUUCACAUGGGAGUUGAACGUCCUGGAGUGACAAAUGUUGCCAGGAGUGCAAUGAUGAAGGACUCUCCAUUCUAUCAACACUAUGACCUAGAUUUGAAGGACAAACCACUGGGAGAAGGUAGUUUUUCAAUUUGUCGGAAGUGCGUGCAUAAAAAAAGUAACCAAGCUUUUGCAGUCAAAAUAAUCAGCAAAAGGAUGGAAGCCAAUACUCAGAAGGAAAUAACAGCUCUGAAACUCUGUGAAGGACACCCCAAUAUUGUGAAGUUGCAUGAAGUUUUUCAUGAUCAGCUUCACACAUUUCUGGUGAUGGAACUUCUGAAUGGGGGAGAACUGUUUGAACGCAUUAAGAGAAAGAAGCACUUCAGUGAGACGGAAGCCAGCUAUAUCAUGAGGAAACUUGUUUCAGCUGUCAGCCACAUGCAUGAUGUUGGAGUGGUGCACAGAGAUUUGAAACCUGAGAAUUUAUUGUUCACCGAUGAAAAUGACAAUUUGGAAAUUAAAAUAAUUGAUUUUGGGUUUGCACGGCUAAAGCCACCGGAUAAUCAGCCCCUGAAGACUCCAUGCUUCACCCUUCAUUACGCAGCCCCAGAGCUCUUGAAUCAGAACGGCUACGAUGAGUCCUGUGACCUGUGGAGCUUGGGUGUCAUUUUGUACACAAUGUUGUCAGGACAGGUUCCCUUCCAAUCUCAUGACCGAAGUUUGACGUGUACCAGCGCAGUGGAAAUCAUGAAGAAAAUUAAAAAGGGAGAUUUCUCCUUUGAAGGAGAAGCCUGGAAGAAUGUAUCCCAAGAGGCUAAAGAUUUGAUCCAAGGACUUCUCACAGUUGAUCCAAACAAAAGGCUUAAAAUGUCUGGCUUGAGGUACAAUGAAUGGCUUCAAGAUGGCAGUCAGCUGUCCUCCAAUCCUCUGAUGACUCCGGAUAUUCUAGGAUCUUCAGGAGCUGCCGUGCAUACCUGUGUGAAAGCAACCUUCCACGCCUUUAACAAAUACAAGAGAGAGGGAUUUUGCCUUCAGAAUGUCGAUAAGGCCCCUUUGGCUAAGAGAAGAAAAAUGAAAAAGACUAGCACCAGUACCGAGACGCGCAGCAGUUCCAGCGAGAGUUCCCAUUCUUCUUCCUCUCAUUCUCAUGGUAAAACUACACCCACCAAGACACUGCAGCCCAGCAAUCCUGCCGACAGCAAUAACCCGGAGACCCUCUUCCAGUUCUCAGACUCAGUAGCUUAGGCAUGGUAGGAGUGUGUCAGUGAUCCAUUGCACCUUUAUUCCCUCAGCAUAUGCCUGAGGUGAUCUUUUAUGCUUUUAAAAAUGUUUCCCGUUGGUCUCAUUGGAAUCUGCCUCCUAAUGAUUUUUUUCAGGAAAACCUGUUUGGUUAUCCUCAUCUAAAAGCACUGGACAGAGAAUGUUACUGUGAAUAGAGCACAUAUUACUUUUUAGCAAGCUAGCAUGAUGCCAACAAGACCAUUCUUGAAAGAGCAAAGGUCCUGUAAAUUUAACUAGGGCUAGAUUUGAGCUGCUUGCAGAAUAAGUCACAGGUUUUCCAGAUGUUUGCCAACAAGAAAUGACUCAUACUGUGAUGAUACCUUUUGCUUUGCCUUGUGGACAAUGUGGGUUUUUGGAAUUUGCACCCUUCAAACAGUGAUUUAUCAGAGAAAGGGGUCUGUUUUCAAAAAAGAUUCUGUAAUGAAUUUUAUGUGUGGCAUAUACUUAUUUCUUGAGAGAAGAUUUUAACUUAUUGUUUUUAUUUUAUGGUUACAUAUGAUGAUAACCUGCUAUUGUUAAUCUUUUUCUAAAAAGUGGAAAAAAAAAAAAAGAUAUAAGAACUCAAGGUCCCAUACUCUGUAUUCGGGAUCCAUCUGAGAUGCAUGCUAAGCUAUGUGUAUGUUUUUAAUUUUGCACUGCUCUUUCCUGGCAAUUUGUUUUAAUGGUUAUUGCAGAAUAUUAAGGUACAUGUCUCUCUGUUUUAAGUAAUAUUGCACUUUAUAAAAAAGUAUGAAUAAAGCAAACUGUUUUAUAAAGUGCACUGUUUAAAGCAUUUGCACUGUAUUUUUGCCAUUUAUUUUCAUUUUCUACUUUAAAUUUGUCCUCACAUCCCUCUUCUACUUUGUAUGCAACAAGUAGAAUGGGGCAUGUUGUGUAAUGUAGUCAGCCUCUUAUGCACCAAUGUGAGGAAAACCUAAAGGGAAAUUAUACUAAACACUGUGCUUCAUAUUUGUACACUGUGUUGUACUACAGUGAGGAAUUUCCUCCUGUGGUCAUAUAUUAUGUACAUAAUAUUUUAGGAUCAUACUUAUGACUUGUUUGGAAAUUUUUCUGUUAAAUUUUAAAUCCAGAAAGCAUAUUUUAUAAACUUAUGCAGAGCACUUUUAUUGCUCAAAAGUUCUGAAUUCAUACAGAAAACAAGUACUAUGUGAUGAAAACAUUUCAUUAAAAGAUUGCUGCAUUAAAAAAUACAAUUAAUUCAUUCCCUAUGCAAAAAAAAAAAAAAGUGAUAGGAUUUGUAUGUUAUAUUUUCUUUUAAAGCCAUCAUGUGAAAUGUCAGGACUGAGAAAAGUGAUUUUUUUGCUUUGUUUACAGGAAUCAUGCUUAAAGAGAUAUGCCCAACAUGUUUAUUUUAUAGUUUUUGUUAAUGAUAACCUUUUGAGCAUUAGUUUGGAAUUUGGAUAUGAUAUUUAUUUAUUCCUUUCUUGAGGUUAUAGCAGCAUUAAUUUCAACCAGUUAUGAAUACUAAAAAAUAUUGCACUCUAUGUAAUAGUAGUAUAUUUAUUACUAAAUCAAUGUAUAUAUUAAUAGCACAGGCAAAAAAUGGCAAAUAUUAAAAUAUUUUCAAAAUGUUAUAUUAUCCUGUUCACAUUUUUGUCCACAGUGGUUAUUGGAAAUAAUAUUUUAUACUUUUUGCUGGCCCAAAUGACUACAUAAUAUUGAGUUAAUGAAAGUUUCGUACUCCCAGCUUUCAGUUAUUCCUAGUAAUUAUGGGAAAUUUUGUGUGAAUUAUUACCAAACUAUUGCUAAUUCACAAAAUGUGAUUCCAUCAGGCACAGAUCUCUAGUAAUCAAGAAAAUGACCAUAUUUAUAAUUAUAUUGGAUAUAUUUGAAACUUAUCUGGCUCUUCAAGCCAUUUUUUAAACUGUGCAUGCUGGUAGAAAAUACUAGUUGUAAAGUACAAACUAAAGGGACUAUGUUGCUAAUAGAAAAUGAUCCGGAAAAAUGGUCAGGCAGUAUACAGAUUGAUGAUGUGAUUGAUUUCAUUGUGAAUAUUGGAAAUUAAUGGGUUUCAUUUUCAUUUAUUUCCCUUGCCUCUUCUUCUGGAGGAGGACUUGACAGACAAUGAAAUGGGUAAAAAGGCAGUAAGACUAACAGGAAGAAGGAAAGAUAGGCUAGCCGUCAACUGAUGAGCCUGCCUGAAUAAUCUCAAAUGGGCUUUUGAAAAGACCUUAACAAACACUGUUGCCCUCUCGUCAAAUAUCUUUAUCCACAUCCUACUUGUAAGUACCAAAAAGACAGCAUUUGAUGCCAAGUUUGAAGCAGUUAGGUUGUAUGCAGGCUGUGUAUUAACAUACAGUGAAUUGCACUUUAAAAUUCAGAAAGCUUUUCAUUUGGUCACAUCAAAAAUAAACACUACAAAAUACUUUAUAUAAAAAUGUUAAAUGAUAGGACUCUUUUGGUAUUAAGAGUAAAAUAGAAGAAGAUCUAAGAAAUACAAAUACAUUAGUUCUCUUUGUGACAUUAACUUUGGGACUAGAGCCACAUCACCCCCUCCCUUCUUCACUUAUUGAUUGUAUUGUAUAUAAUUUUCAUGCCAACACAAAUCCUGAUUCAUGUAUUUUGUAACUGUAUGUGACGAAUUGAGAGGCAAAAAUAAGAAAAGGAAGAUAAUAGAGGAAAGAUGUUAAGAAAGACCAGUGUCUUCUCAUUACUCCGCCAGAUCCUGUGUCUGAAAGAGGUUAAUUAGCAUUUUGAAAAUCAUUGGCUGAGUGUGGUGGCUCAGACCUGUAAUCCUGGUGCUUUGGGAGUACAAGACUGGAGAAUCACAUGAAGCCAGGAGUUAGAGACCAACCUGGGCAAUAUAGUGAGACAUUCUGUCUCCAAAAAUAAAAAUAAAAAUUAGCUGAGCAUGGUGGCUCAUGUGUGUAGCCCUAGCUACUCAGGAGUCCAGAGUAUGGAGGAUCACUUGAGCCCAGGAGUUCGAGGCUGCAGUGAGCUGUGAUCGUGCCACUGCACUCCAGCCUGGGCAACAGAGCGAGACCCUGUCUUAAGAAAAAAAGAAAUUCAUUGAUUCUUCCAAACCUUUAUAAAGUAAGAAACCACUGAAUUACUAGAGUAGAGAGUCAGUCUCCUGAGUUAAUUUCCACAUUGUUGUCUGUCUGGAGUCACAGGUUCAUUACCCAAGAAAACUGCCUUUUAAUUUUUUUUUUAGAUUACUGCUGAUUUCAAGUAUGUAAAUGACUUUUAAAUAUAAGGUAAGUUAUUUUACAGAAGUCUACUAAGAUAGAAGUCACCUUUUUAAAGUUAGGACAUUCCUUUUGUAUCUCAGUUUAUGUUCUUAAAUUCAGUACUUUAUAAAAGUA